AUGUAUGAGUGCAGGACUAGAAUGAUCGUCAACGGUGGCAUUUUAGAGGUGCAAAUACUAGAUUUGUACGAAGGAGAAUCACUUGGUGAGAAGUUUAUUGGCUCUCUUGUUUGCCGAUUCAACACGAACUUCGUUCGAUUGUGCCUGAAAAGCAUUAUAAUUAAUAAAGAAUGGAGCAGAUAUCAUGACGCGAUCGGUUUUUCCAGGAUGCGCCGUGCAUUCGGCUCGCACUCCUUUUGCCACGAAUUUUUGAAUACUCAUUUAGGUCAAGAAACAGCGCGACGUUCAAUAUUAGGUGCGCUUGAGCCGGCGAUUGAUCCUUCCAAGCAAGUGCAUCAAAAUUGA